AUGGGGAUUCGUGGUGGCCGUGGGACGCGAGGUACAGAUCCUCCACCGCCUGAUCCGGUUACUGCAGUUCUGAAUGCUCUGCAGGCAGAGACGGUUGCUAAUAGAACAAUGACAGAGAACCUGAUGAAGAAUAAUCAGGACAUGUUGCAUGCCUUCAUGACUGAGAUGAGGGCUGAGAGAGCUCAGCAUAGGAGGGAUGAUUCUCCUCCUCAUACGGCUACGGUGACUCCUAUACCUACGCCAUCUGUUACUCCCCAGCAUAGGGAGAGUGGAGCUAGUCAUCACACUGGUGAGGCUAGUCAACCUACUAUGUUUGUUGAGCCAUCUAUUAUUGAUGAACAGUAUGACGAGGGUGUUAUUGAGGAGAGGAGACUUAUUUCCUUUCGUAAACAUAAGUCUCCUACUUUUCUGGGGUCUAAAGACCCAAAAGUGGUCACUACUUGGUUGCAAGGUAUGGAUAAAAUUUUCCAAGUUAUGAGAUUUCAUGACCCUCAGAAGUUUCGGUACUCUGUUUAUAUGCUGGAGGUAGAUGCCCAUGAGUGGUGGUACGACGUUUCUAGGCCUUUUGUGAUACAAGGGCAAGAACUUACUUGGGACCUAUUUGAGAAUUUGUUUCAUGAGCAAUACUUUCCUAGGGAUGCUAGGGAAGCCAAGCAGGGUGAAUUUGAUUGUCUGGUCCAAGGCUCUUUAUCUAUUGAUGAAUAUACUGCAAAGUUUAAUGAACUAGUCAAGUUUGCUAAUUAUGGUGGGACUCUGCCUACCUCGGAAUUCUUAUCUGCUAAGUUUCAGAGGGGACUUAAUGAGAAGAUUGCAAAGCGUAUGUCUAAUACAGCCGUGAGGAAUUUUGCUGAUCUGAUUACCCAGUGUAAACGGGUAGAGACUGUUUAUAGUAGAUAUCUGAAAUCUUCUACUUUUGGUGAUACUGAGGUCAAGAGGACCAAUGGUACUGAUGUUAAAUUGAAAAAUAAUAAGGAUAAAGGUUUACGGGUGAAGCAAUCUGGUGAUGAGUUCAAGAGAAAUGGUAAUAUUGACAGAAAUGAAUUCACAUUCCCUAAAUGUGACACUUGUGGGAAACACCAUGGGGGUACUUGUUGGUUUACUACAAACACGUGUUUCAAAUGUGACAAAUUAGGCCACUUUGCUAAUGUGUGUCCAACCAGGAUAUCUCAGAUUGUAAGUGUACAAGCAAUUGAUGGGACUCAAGCAGGAGGUCGGACUUAUAUAUUAGAGCCUUUUACUGGGGAGGAAAACCUCAGCAUAGGUAAAGGUAUGAAAUUUUAG